ACAGUCUCGGGAUUCAGGAGCGCCAGUACGAACAGCAGUCACUCGCAGUGCGCGCGCCUGCAACGAAUACAACCGCAAAGAUGUCGAUAGUCCCCCUAAUGUUCCGUGACUGGUGGGACGAGUGGGAGCGUCCCUCGCGCCUCCUGGACCAGCACUUCGGCAUGGGCCUCCGCAGGGACGACCUGCUGUCCUCCCUGUCGGUGCCCACCAGUUCCCUGUUCAGGAACUCCUACUUCAGGCCGUGGAGGACCAACCUGACCAGGCAGGAGUCUGCGUCGACCAUCAACCUUACCAAGGAUAAGUUUGAGGUCAUCCUUGACGUCCAGCAGUUCACCCCUGAGGAGAUCACGGUGAAAGCCUCCAACAACUCCAUCAUCGUGGAAGGCAAGCACGAGGAGAAACAGGAUGAGCACGGCUUCAUCUCUCGCCAAUUCACCCGCCGGUACAUCUUACCUUCAGGGUACGACGUGAUGGACGUCAUCAGCUCUCUGUCUUCUGACGGAGUGCUGACAAUCUCAGCACCCAAGAAGACCCCUCCCAUGGCUGGCGAAAGGAUUGUCCCCAUCACAAAAACUGGACCCGCGAAGCAACCUGAGCCUGUCCAGGAACAUCCAAGGGAGCAGACCGUCCCUAUUGUCACUUCCCCCUAAAUUUAAAAACCUUAAUUUUACCACUUAUCUUGACUUUUGUGUGAAUUGGAAUGGACUGAUUUAGUUGCGUAGGCUUUGUAAGAUUUCCAUGUCCUGAUGUUGAGAUAAGUCUUUCAGUUUUGUCACCCCAUGACCAUAUACUAUCGAUAUUACGAUCGAAUCAUGAAUAGCAUUUAUUUUUAAGCCCGCCGUUGGCCAACGACGAGGAAUCGAUUCGAAAUGAACGAAUUAGGUUUAAAAAGAGGAAUGCAAAAGAUGUACCGUUAUUUUAAUGUUAAAUAAAGUAAGGUAAAA